AUGAACUCACCGUUUGGCGCUCCAUCACAAGCUGGUGCCCCUUCACAAUCUGGCGCCUCUUCUCAAUCUGGUGCUCCCUCACAGUUCGGUGGGCUUCCGCAACAGGGCUUUCCGCCCCAGUUCGGCGCUCCAUCACCUUUUGGCGCACCGAAUGGCAUGCCUCAACAACCCUUUGGGUUCCCUCAACAAGGCGGCAUACCUCAACAGCCCUUUGGUCCACCACCACAAGGCGGUAUGCUACAACCGCCCUUCGGUCUCCCUACACAAGGCGGCGGGAUGCAACAACCAGCCCCUCAACCUCAAGCUGGUCGUCCUCGGAGGGAAGAAAUAUGGGCCAACAUGUCCGACGACGAGUUGCUCAACAAUUUCAACCGCAUACGUAGGAAAUGGGAACGAAUGCUGAUGCGCAUGCAAUUGGCCUUCGGCAUUCCCCCGGAAAAUGUUGGACGCUGUUUGAUAUGGUACGCGCAACAAUUUAUGAUGAAUCCUGUCCCGACGCUGAGGCUGAUGGUUGCUGAUAUUCCGGCAAUGCGUGCCACUUCGCAAACCGGAUUUUUUCCCAUGUAA